UUGUCCUUCCACCAGAAGAGAAAGCCUCGAAUUCCAACAAACCCCUCAAAUGCGUGGGAAAUCUCCUUCCUCCAAUCUGUAAUGUCGGCCGUCCUCGAUCCGACCAUAGAAAACCCACGAAUCUUUCGAUCCUCCCGAAAAAACCCAUUUCUCCGUUUCUCCAGCCGUUCCCCCCUCACCCAGAUCUUCUAAACCCUUGUCUCCUUCUUUCCCAUCCGUUGAUUCCUGGGCCCUUUUUCAAAUCUCGUUUUCGUCGACUGGGAUCACCUGGGUCCUUCCCUUUCUCUGAUUUUGCGUUGAUUUCAUGGUCUGAUCUACGAAUUUCAGCGAAUUCCAUUGCUUCUUAGCUGCGCAAAUGGCGAACAUGGAGGUCUUCGACACAUAUUUUCGGAGGGCGGAUUUGGAUCAUGAUGGGAGGAUUAGUGGUGCGGAAGCGGUUGCAUUCUUUCAAGGAUCGAAUUUGCCAAAGCAGAUCCUCGCACAGAUAUGGAUGCAUGCUGAUCAGAACCGGAUCGGUUUCCUUGGUCGGACAGAGUUCUAUAAUGCGCUGAAACUGGUAACGGUAGCACAGAGUGGUCGAGAACUCACACCAGAUAUUGUGAAGGCUGCAUUAUAUGGUCCAGCUGCUGCAAAAAUCCCAGCUCCUCAGAUAAGUUCCACGGCUGUGCCUGCAACUCAGUUGAAUCCAGUGGCGUCGCCUUCCCCUCAGAGAAGUGCAGUACCACCAACAGCAUCUCAAAAUCUUGGCUUCAGAGGGCCACAAGGACUUCCAAGUGCGGGUAUGAACCAGCAAAAUUUUCCUUCCCCAGACAACCAGUUCAUGAGGCCACCUAAAGCUACACCUGCACUUCCAAUGCAGGGUGCUGCCGGUCAAGGAUUCCCUGGUGCAGGUAAUGUAGUGGGCCCUCAUCUUGCAAAUCCAAACUUACCAUCCAGUCUCCCAAACGAUUGGUUUGGUGCAAGGCCAGCUGGAACUUCAAUGGAUGCAGCUUCACAAGCUCCCACUAGAGGGGUUACUCCUCCCUCUCUGACACAGGAUAGGUUUGGACUGGGAUCUUCAUCUGGACCAACUGCAGGAGUUCCUAAUAGAGGGCCUACUCACUCUAUGGUCCAAGAUGGAUUUGGCUUAGCAUCAGGCAUGACUCCUUCAUUUCAACCUAGACCACAAACACCAACCAUGCUAACACCUGCUGGCUUAAAACCACAAGAUACAGUUUUAUCAUCACUCCAACCGGUGGUCAAGGAUUCAAAAAUGCUGUCCGUCUCUGGAAAUGGGUUUUCUUCUGACACAGUUUUUGGAGGGGAUGUGUUUUCUGCAUCUCUUUCUCAACCGAAGCAAGAUGUUCCUGCAUUGAGUUUUUCUGCGACUACGACACCUAACUCAUCUGCCAUUGUCCCAGUAACUACCACGCCUCAAUCUACAGUUAAGCAGGCCCAGGUUGAUCCUUUUCAAGCAUUGGCAGUGACGACUAGUAGUAGUCAGCUUCAGCAGACUUCUUCAGUGGUUAAACAGAACCAAGUCAAUUCAAAUCAGGGUACUUCAGCAUUAGCUGCAGCGGGUGUUUCAGUCGGAGCUGCUGCAUCUGCUUCUAGUGAAUCACAACAUCCGUGGCCAAGGAUGACUCAAUCCGAUAUUCAGAAAUAUACUAAGGUAUUUGUGGCGGUGGACACAGACAAAGAUGGUAAAAUUACGGGUGAACAGGCACGGAAUCUUUUCCUAAGUUGGAGACUGCCCAGAGAGGUCUUAAAGCAGGUCUGGGACUUAUCCGACCAGGAUAAUGAUAGCAUGCUUUCGCUGAGAGAGUUCUGUACUGCACUCUAUUUGAUGGAGCGGUACCGAGAAGGGCGUCCUCUUCCAACGGUGCUCCCAAACAGUCUCAGGUUUAAUGCGACAUCGUUGCCCACCGCUGGGCAACAAACAACACCUGCAUAUGGCGGAGCAGCUUGGCAGCCUACUCCUGGCUUGUCACAGGUAGGAGUCCCUGGAACACGGUCAGUAAUGCCUGCAGCUGGAUUGAGGCCACCUAUGCAAGGUCCCAUCCCGCAUAUGGAUGGUGCGGCACAACUCAUGCCACAAAAAUCGAGAGUGCCCGUAUUGGAGAGGAACCUUGUGAACCAACUCGGUAAGGAGGAGCAGAGUGCAAUGGAUUCCAACUUUCACGAAGCAAAUGAGGCAGAUAAGAAGGUGGAUGAAUUGAAGAAUGAGAUUAUGGAUUCUAAAGAGAAGCUUGAAUUCUACCGAACUAAGAUGCAGGAACUUGUUUUGUACAAGAGCAGGUGUGACAAUCGACUUAAUGAGAUUACUGAAAGAGCAUCUGCUGAUAAGCGUGAGGUUGAAACUCUGGCUAAGAAAUAUGAAGAGAAGUACAAGCAAGUGGGAGAGGUAGCCUCCAAGUUAACCAUUGAAGAGGCUACAUUUCGUGACAUUCAGGAGAGGAAAACGGAAUUGCAUAAUGCAAUUGUCAAAAUGGAACAAGGUGGUAGUGUUGAUGGUUUGCUUCAGGUUCGUGCUGAUCGGAUACAAUCAGAUCUUGAAGAGCUAGGGAAAGGUUUAAAUGAACGUUGCAAGAGACAUGGAUUGCAUGUUAAGCCAACUGCAAUGAUCGAGCUUCCCUUUGGCUGGCAACCUGGAAUUCAAGAGGGAGCAACAGUUUGGGAUGAAGACUGGGAUAAGUUUGAAGAUGAAGGAUUCGCGGUUAUCAAGGAGCUUACCACUGAGGUCGAAAAUAUUGUGGCCCCUCAAAGAACCAAGUCCACCCUCGUUCAGAGUGAUGAGAUUUUUAUGGAAGAUGACUCUGGUGCUGCUUCGUCAUCAUAUGAUGAUAGUAAGACAGAGAAGCCUUCUAGUACAGUUGAGCGGGCCACUGAGAAUGGUUCAGCAUAUGACCAAAGUGAAGAUGAUUUAGCAAGAAGCCCACCCGGGAGUCCACUGGGAAGAAUAUCAUUGGAAGGUUCUCAAGAAUUCACAGCCACACAUUUCGGAAAGAACAUGGGUGCUGACGCUUCACCAAGUGCCAAAACUCAUAGCGAACAUGGUGGUGCUGAAUCCACUAUUUCUGACAAAUACGACGAAACCUCUUGGGGUGUUGCCUUUGAUGCUAAUGAUGAUACUGACUCAGUCUGGGGCUUUAACCCAGUUCAACCCAAGGAGCUGGAUCAUGAGAGGAAUGAGAACUCUUUCUUUGGAUCUGGUGACUUGGGUCUGAAUCCUAUUAGAACAGACUCACAGAACGCUGAUGGGAUGUUUCUGAAGAGGAGUACGAUUUUCGCAGAUUCUGUCCCUGGCACCCCACUGUUCAAUACCAACUCCCCACCGAGGUACAGUGAAGGAUCAGAGGAUCACUCCUUUGACAAUUUCUCGAGGUUUGAUUCCUUCAGCAUGCAUGACAGUGGGUUCUUCCCUCCUCGCGAGAACCUAGCAAGGUUUGAUUCCAUCCGCAGCACGAGGGACUCCGAUCACAGUCAGGGGUUCUCAUCUUUUGACGAUGCAGAUCCUUUCGGCUCGAACGGGCCUUUCAAAACUUCCCAAAGUCAAACACAGAGGCGGGGUUCUGAUAGUUGGAGUGCUUUCUAGCAGGCAAUUUGGCUUCAAAUUCAUGUGCAUUGGCUCUUGUGAGGUUUUUGUUCAUUCAAGGGGGCUGCAAUGGCCUGGUUUUUGUGUGCUAUUAUCUCCAACCAUUGGAUGGUUGUAUGCUUGGGAUCACUUUUUCUUCUUCUUCUUCUUUUUUUUUUUCCUUCUUUUUUCUUUUGCUCGUCUCUUUGAAUGAGGAUGGAUUUUUUUCCCCUUUAUUUCAUUUGAUGUGCACUUUUGAACAUUCUUUAUAUAAUGUAUUCCUUAUUUGUGUUUUGA